AUGUUUUCUACGGAGCGCGUUGGUUUACCGGUAAAUCAGCCGAGGAUUGAUGAGGACCUAGAGGAUCGAGAAGAUUUGGAAUAUGUUGAUGCCAAAAAACGAAAAAUUUCGGACAGUCCAUCAUUGCCGGACAGUGCUGAUCGUUCAUCCACAGUUUUACCGAUGAAGAUUAGCUUAUCAUCAAUUAUGAUCCCGGAACGGGAUAAUCCGGAUCUUGUACGCGUUUAUCGACUCUCGGAUCAUUUCCCCGGCAAAAGUAUUGUGUUCUAUCGUUGCUGGACAUGUGAAACAAUUUGGGCACGAAUCAAACACAGUGGCGGUGGUAGUAGCGAAAAACGUUUCUCGCCCACUGUGAAAGUGGUGCACGGGGAGUUGGUUGGGAAUGCUUAUCCUGAACAUCAUCCUGAUUGUCGGCCAGUGGCCAAAGCAGUCCAGUACAUCGACGAAACACCAGCACGAUUCAUCAGUCGAAACAACGAUACAAACAGUGAGGCAGCAGAAACUUCCUACGAUAAUAAGUAUGAAUUUUUGCUAAUUUUUGUUGAUUUCGGGUUUUUUUGCGUACAGCUUGUUGAUCAUUUGAUUUGGGCCUAUGAUCAAAUAGCUGUGCUUGAAGCAAGGGGAAGCUCAGUUUCUUAUUUUAAUACACCAAAUCCAAGAACGCAAGUUAACGUAAUUCAACGAUAUACGUAUAAAUACCAGAAUCUGAGAAUUCCAACGGAUCUUGCAGAUCCCGAAGAUCCGGAAGUCCGCACGAUUUUUGGUGUUUGCGCUAUCGGAGAUGCUUUAUCCGGUGACGGUACUGCCCCAUUGAUUGUGGCUCAGCCUGACGGUGAAACGGUGCGAAUUUAUCACUUAACAAGCAGAUCAGUGGUCGGCAACAUGCACGCGUUUUAUCAAUGCACCAGUUGUGAUUAUUUCUGCCGAAAAGAGGAGAAAAAUAUCGCUGCAACAUCCGGACAAUCAUCAUCGGUACCAGCAAGAGCCGAACUAAAAGCCGAAAAUGGUAUAAUCUGUGGUGAUCUCUAUCCAGCACAUCAUGCAGACUGUAUACCAACAUCACUGCACUCACUGAGGACACUGGGCGAAAGUUUGAGGGAUUUUCAUGUGGUCAGAGAUCGGCGAAUUAUUUCGCUGAAAGCUGUUGAUGUUAGUUACUUUCAUUGA